CGUAUCCAAAUUUCUAAUUUACACUUCGUGUCACCCUAAUAUUGAUUUCUUCAAAAUAAGAAAGAGGAAAAGUCAAAUUAUCGGAACGUUAAAAUUUCUCCUUUCAAUUGGCAAGGAAUCAAAAUGAUUCGUUCUCUCCCUCAACGAGUAACCCCGAAGAAUCCAUUUUCAUGGAACCCCCUUUCUCAACGUGGCAAACAUGAAAUACCAAAACAUUUAGAAAAGAUACCAACCGAUAAAAAUCCAAAUUUUGCUCAUAUGGUUGAAUAUUAUUAUCACGCUGCUGCUAAGCUAAUGGAACCCACACUUAUCCAGGAACUGAUCAAGAAAUAUCCCAAAUUGGAGUCGAAAAGUGUUGAGGCACGAGUUAGUGGUAUAUUAAGAUUUAUGGGGCGUGUUACGACAUGUAUUGAGGUUAAUUUCCCGUUGUUGAAAAAUAAUUCUGAAAUUGAAAUAAUAACCGGUUAUAGGGCACAUCAUAUGAAACAACGUUUGCCGGUAAAGGGAGGUAUACGCUUUGGCUUGGAUGUGGAAGAGGAUGAGGUCAAAGGUUUGGCCUAUUUAAUGUCCUUUAAGUGCGCCUGCGUUAAUUUACCCUUUGGAGGGGCCAAGGGGGGCAUACGCAUAGAUCCUAGAAAAUAUACCGACAAAGAACUGCAAAUAAUUACCCGACGUUAUACCAUGGAAUUGUUAAGACGAAACAUGAUUGGUCCUGGCAUCGAUGUUCCAGCACCCGAUGUAAAUACGGGCGAGAGGGAAAUGAAUUGGAUUUGUGAUCAGUAUUUAAAGACAUUUGGUCACAAGGACAUCAAUGCAUUGGCUAUUGUCACUGGAAAACCAGUUCACAUGGGUGGCAUAAAUGGUCGCACUUCGGCCACUGGACGUGGAGUCUGGAAGGCUGGUGACGUUUUCCUUCAGGACAAAGAUUGGAUGGAUUUUCUGAAACUGAAGCCGGGUUGGAAAGGUAAAACAGUUAUUGUCCAAGGCUUUGGUAAUGUCGGUUCAUACGCUGCCAAGUUUGUGGUGGAGGCUGGUGCCAAAUUAAUUGGGGUGGAGGAAAAAAAUGUAUCAUUGAUGAAUCCAGAGGGAAUUAAUCCUGAUGACCUCAUAUCCCAUAUGUCCGAGAAGAAGACCCUCAAAGGUUUUUCCAAGGCCACCGAAAAGCAGGGUUCACUCUUAAGCGAGAAAUGUGACAUUUUAAUGCCUUGUGCCACUCAAAAAGUGCUCAAUGCGGACAACGCCGCCAAGGUUCAGGCAAAAAUAAUACUCGAGGGUGCCAAUGGUCCCGUGACCCCAGCUGCUGAUGAAAUUCUACGCAAAAAGGGUAUUCUCAUGAUACCCGAUAUGUAUUGCAAUGCCGGUGGGGCGACGGUAUCCUAUUUUGAAUUUUUGAAAAAUAUCAAUCAUGUUUCCUAUGGUAAAAUGUCCUCGAAACGUGACAAUCACGUUGUUCGUGAGAUUUUCAACUCGAUUAAUGAAUCCUUGGGGGGAGACGCGCCUCAUAUUUGUCCUAACGCAAAUUUGGAAAAAAUUCGCAACUGUACAUCGGAAGCUGAUAUUGUGGACUAUGGUUUACAGACUGUAAUGGAAAUGGCGGGACAGGGUAUCAAGGAGGUAGCCAACGAGUAUGCCUUGUGUAACGAUUUGCGUACAGCUGCCUACAUUUUUUCGAUACAAAAGAUAUUCCGGGCCUUGGAAACCUCUGGAAUAACCCAACAAUAAAUUUUAAAUCCCAUUCCAUUUAAAUCCCAUAUUAAAAUUUGAGGUUCUAUUUGUAUUUGUAAAAAAUAAAUGUUUAAAAGUA